ACUAUCACAACAACAAUGUAAACAUGGCCGACGUGCGUUAGCAUUCUAGCCGGUGUUCGGGCUAAAAUAUUUUCAAACUGUGUUUGAAGAUGUGAGUUUCAUGUCUGCUGAUGAAGGAAGACGUGGAGGCGGCGGUGUGUGUAGAUAAUGGGAAACGUAUUUGGCAGAAAGACCCAGCCUUCUCGUAUAACGGAGCAAGACAUCGCCGUUCUGCAAUUGAAACAACAGAGAGAUAAACUGAAGCAGUACCAGAAGAAGAUCAACCUUCAGCUGGAAAAAGAGCGACAGCUGGCAAAGGAUUUGCUGAAAAAUGGCAAAAAAGAAAAGGCUCUACUGCUGCUGAAGAAGAAGCGCUACCAGGAUCAGCUGCUAGACAAGACGGAAAAUCAGAUUUCAAACCUGGAGCAGAUGGUUCAAGAUAUUGAAUUCAUGCAAGUGGAAAUGAAAGUCGUGGAGGGGCUGAAGGUUGGAAACGAGUGUCUGAAGAGAAUGCAUGAGAUCAUGUCCAUAGAGGACGUGGAGCGGAUCAUGGAGGAGACCCAGGACGCCAUUGAAUACCAAAAGCAAAUAGAUGAGCUGCUGGCUGGAGCUCUAACACAGGAGGACGACGACGCUAUUCUGGCAGAGCUUCGUGAGAUCACUGAGGGAGAAGAUGUAUCGCUUCCAGAGGUCCCGUCCGAGCCCGUACCUGAAGUCCCAGAAGUGGCCCAAGCUGCCUCUGAAAGAAAAAAGGCCACGAAGAAAGGAAGAGAGAUGCUGGCAGCAUAGUACUCCUUAGUUUUAGUUACAUUAUUAUUGUCUCCACUAAUAUGUGUUCACUGACCACAGUAUUUAUAACGGUUUCUUAAUAAAUUGAGCAGCGCUUCACAGACGUUUGUUCACUGAGCC